AUGGCGCGAGGUAACACCACUCAACGUGUUGGCUUUGCCAAGGAGGUGCAGUCCAUUCGUCAACCUAGAGACGACGAAAACUCGGUCAUGUUUCACUUUGCUAAGCACGCUGCCAAAUGUGUUGCUUGCAACGAUCCUUAUGCUGCCUUCAAGCAAGAUCAGCCUCUAUGUUCCCGGGGUAAUGCUCUAGCUAAAGAUGUCGCGAAUUACAUCUAUGCUAAAGGAGGCAAGCCCUUCUCUGUCGUGGAUCGCAAACGUGGAGAGCGCAUCCAGAUCCAGAUCCCAAUGGGUAUGGAAGUCAUCAGCCUCCUCGUCAAGGCAUUCGAUCGCGGCUUCGUUCUCAGCAAGAAGCCUCUCAUCUUGACACCCAUUGAGAACAUUCCGGAAUCUCGACCUUCACACUCACCAAAGAAGCAAUAUCCCGAAGAGGUAAGGUACCGCCAAGGAGAUGUGAAGAUCGUCGAGAUCAUCCCUGCUUCCCACAACAAGAUCAGAAAGGAGAAAGUCUACUACCCCGACCGAGACGAGGAUCGAUACAGAGAUGAACGCCGUGAGCGCAGAGGAAGCCUUUACUACAAGGACGAGGAGAAGAGACGGCAACGACAGUACGAACAGGAACCCAUUGUGAUCGUUGCCGAACCAUCCAGACAGCGAUACAUUUCCCGAAGGUGA